UAUCCCCAUUCCUCUCUUCUCUGUUUCCUUUCGCUCUUGCUAAUCCCCCCCCCAAAUGGAGAACCCGACGGCGGUCGCCGAUGGCGGUUUGGACUCUCAGGCUCCGGUUCACAUCCAGGUUGUGAAGAUCAAGAAGGAGAUUGAGAAGAUCAAGCAUCCCUCCCUUCAGCAAUCCGAGAUGAGCACUCAUCUUCUUCUUCGCGACAUGUCGAUUUCCAAACCGCGACCUCGCUCCCCGCUAGGGCUCGCUGCGGAGAGGUCUAUUUCCGUCGGGAAUUAAAUUAGGUCAUAUUAACCUCUUCUUGCUCUUCUCCCUCUGCUAAAACCCUAAAUUCUUGUUUCAAAGGGAUGUAUGUACAUAGUGUUUUGUUUUACCAUUCCCCAACUUUAUGGAUUUCUUCUUCUUCUUCUU